AAAUGUCUCCACUUCUGAGAAGCAUCUGUGACAUCACUGAAAUUUUCAAUCAGUAUGUCUCUCAUGAUUGUGAUGGAGCAGCAUUAACUAAGAAAGACCUGAAGAACCUCCUUGAAAGGGAAUUUGGAGCUGUGCUUCGGAGACCACAUGACCCUAAGACGGUAGAUCUGAUCCUGGAACUUCUGGAUCGUGACAGUAAUGGGCGUGUCGAUUUCAACGAAUUCCUCCUAUUUAUUUUCAAAGUGGCUCAAGCUUGUUACUAUGCUCUCGGCCAGGCCACGGGACUGGAUGAGGAGAAGCGAGCCCGGUGUGACGGAAAGGAGAGCCUGUUACAAGAUCGCAGGCAAGAAGAAGACCAAAGGAGAUUCGAGCCCCGGGACAGACAACUGGAAGAAGAACCUGGGCAACGACGCAGGCAGAAGAGGCAGGAACAGGAGAGGGAGCUAGCUGAGGGAGAGGAGCAAAGUGAGAAACAAGAGCGACUUGAACAGCGCGACAGGCAGCGCCGCGACGAGGAGCUGUGGCGGCAAAGGCAAGAAUGGCAAGAACGGGAAGAGCGCCGUGCAGAGGAAGAGCAGCUGCAGAGUUGCAAAGGUCACGAAACUGAGGAGUUUCCAGACGAAGAGCAACUGCGAAGGCGGGAGCUGCUGGAGCUGAGGAGGAAGGGCCGCGAGGAGAAACAGCAGCAAAGGCGAGAGCGGCAAGACAGAGUGUUCCAGGAGGAAGAAGAGAAAGAGUGGAGGAAGCGCGAGAGAGUGCUCCGGAAGGAAGAAGAGAAGUUGCAGGAAGAGGAGCCGCAGCGGCAAAGAGAGCUCCAGGAGGAAGAAGAGGAGCUACGGAAGCUGGAGCGGCAAGAGCUGAAGAGGGAGCGCCAGGACGAAGAGCAGCAGCAGCAAAGGCUGAGGCGCGAGCAGCAACUAAGGCGCAAGCAGGAGGAGGAGAGGCGCGAGCAGCAGGAGGAGAGGCGCGAGCAGCAGGAGAGGCGCGAGCAGCAGGAGGAGAGGCGCGAGCAGCAGCUGAGGCGCGAGCAGGAGGAGAGGCGCGAGCAGCAGCUGAGGCGCGAGCAGGAGGAGGAGAGGCGCGAGCAGCAGGAGGAGAGGCGCGAGCAGCAGCUGAGGCGCGAGCAGGAGGAGAGGCGCCAGCAGCAGCUGAGGCGCGAGCAGGAGGAGGAGAGGCGCGAGCAGGAGAGGCACGAGCAGGAGAGGCGCGAGCAGCGGCUGAAGCGCGAGCAGGAGGAGAGGCGCGAUUGGCUGAAGCGCGAGGAGGAGACCGAGAGGCAUGAGCAGGAGAGGCGCGAGCAGGAGGAGAGGCGCGAUUGGCUGAAGCGCGAGGAGACGGAGAGGCACGAGCAGGAGAGGCGCAAGCAGCAGCUGAAGCGCGACCAGGAGGAGGAGAGGCGCGAACGUUGGCUGAAGCUCGAGGAGGAGGAGAGGCGCGAGCAGCAGGAGAGGCGCGAGCAGCAACUAAGGCGGGAGCAGGAGAAGAGGCGCGAGCAGCGGCUGAAGCGCCAGGAGGAGGAAGAGAGGCUCCAGCAGCGGUUGAGGAGCGAGCAACAACUAAGACGCGAGCAGGAGGAGAGGCGCGAGCAGCUGCUGAAGCGCGAGGAGGAGAAGAGGCUCGAGCAGGAGAGGCGAGAGCAGCGGCUGAAGCGCGAGCAGGAGAGGCGCGAUCAGCUGCUGAAGCGCGAGGAGGAGAGGCGCCAGCAGCGGCUGAAGCGCGAGGAGCCGGAGGAAGAGAGGCGCCAGCAGCUGCUGAAGAGCGAGGAGCAGGAGGAGAGGCGCCAGCAGCAACUAAGGCGCGAGCAGCAGGAAAGGCGCGAGCAGCGGCUGAAGCGCGAGGAGGAGGAAGAGAGGCUCGAGCAGCGGCUGAAGCGCGAGCAUGAGGAAGAGAGGCUCGAGCAGCGGCUGAAGCGCGAGCAUGAGGAAGAGAGGCGCGAGCAGCGGCUGAGGCGCGAGCAGGAGCUAGCUGAGGAGGAGCAGGAACAGGCCCGGGAGUGGAUUAAGAGCCGCAUCCCGAAGUGGCAGUGGCAGCUAGAAAGCGAGGCCGACGCACGGCAAAGCAGUCUACUCGAGGCCCCGCAAGCAGGAAGGGCAGAGGCGCCGCAAGAGCAGGAGGAAAAGAGGCGGCGCCGGGAGAGUGAGCUGCAAUGGCAGGAGGAGGAACGGGCUCACCGGCAGCAGCAGGAAGAGGAGCAGCGCCGGGACUUCACAUGGCAGUGGCAGGCGGAGGAAAAGAGCGAGAGGGGCCGUCAGAGGCUGUCGGCCAGGCCCCCAUUGCGGGAGCAGCGGGAGAGGCAGCUGAGGGCCGAGGAGCGCCAGCAGCGGGAACAACGGUUUCUCCCGGAGGAGGAGGAGAAGGAGCAGCGGCGCCGCCAGCGACGCGAGAGGGAGAAAGAGCUGCAGUUCCUGGAGGAAGAGGAGCAGCUCCAGCGGCGGGAGCGUGCCCAACAGCUCCAGGAGGAGGAGGACGGCCUCCAGGAGGAUCAGGAGAGGAGGCGAAGCCAGGAGCAGCGCCGCGACCAAAAAUGGAGGUGGCAACUAGAAGAAGAAAGGAAGAGACGCCGCCACACGCUGUACGCCAAGCCAGCCCUACGAGAGCAGCUGAGGAAGGAACAGCAGCUGCUGCAGGAGGAGGAGGAGGAGCUGCAGAGAGAGGAGCGCGAGAAGAGAAGGCGCCAGGAACAGGAGAGACAAUACCGCGAGGAAGAGCAGCUGCAGCAGGAGGAAGAGCAGCUGCUGAGAGAGGAACGGGAGAAAAGAAGACGCCAGGAGCGGGAAAGGCAAUAUCGGGAGGAUAAGAAGCUGCAGCAGGAGGAAGAGCAGCUGCUGGGAGAGGAACCGGAGAAGAGAAGGCGCCAGGAGCGGGAGAAAAAAUACCGCGAGGAAGAGGAGUUGCAGCAGGAGGAAGAGCAGCUGCUGAGAGAGGAACGGGAGAAGAGAAGGCGCCAGGAGUGGGAGAGGCAGUACCGCAAAAAAGACGAGCUGCAGCAGGAAGAAGAGCAGCUGCUGAGAGAGGAACGGGAGAAAAGAAGACGCCAGGAGCGGGAGAGGCAAUAUUGGGAGGAAGAGGAGCUGCAGCAGGAGGAAGAGCAGCUGCUGGGAGAAGAACGGGAGAAGAGAAGGCGCCAGGAGCUGGAGAGGCAAUAUCGGAAGGAAGAGGAGCUGCAGCAGGAGGAAGAGCAGCUGCUGAGAGAGGAACCGGAGAAGAGAAGGCGCCAGGAGCGGGAGAGGCAAUACCGCGAGGAAGAGGAGCUGCAGCAGGAGGAAGAGCAGCUGCUGAGAGAGGAACAGGAGAAAACAAGGCGCCAGGAGCUGGAGAGGCAGUAUCGGGAGGAGGAAGAGCUUCAGCGCCAGGAAAGGAAGCAGCGAUACCGGGAUGAGGAUCAGCGCAGUGAUCUGAAAUGGCAGUGGGAACCAGAAAAAGAAAAUGCAGUUCGUGAUAACAAGGUUUACUGCAAAGGUAGAGAGAAUGAACAUUUCCGGCAGUUGGAAGAUUCCCAGGUGCGCGACAGACAAUCCCAGCAAGAUCUGCAGCACCUGCUGGAUGAACAACAAGAACGAGAUCGUGAGCAAGAGAGGAGGCGCUGGCAGCAGCGCGACAGGCAUUUCCCAGAGGAAGAACAGCUGGAGCGAGAAGAGCAAAAGGAAGCCAAAAGGCGCGACAGGAAGUCCCAAGAGGAAAAGCAGUUGCUGAGAGAGGAAAGAGAAGAGAAGAGACGCCGUCAAGAGACAGACAGAAAAUUCCGCGAGGAGGAACAGCUGCUCCAGGAAAGGGAGGAACAGCAGCUGCGCCGCCAAGAGCGUGACAGAAAAUUCCGCGAAGAGGAACUGCGCCGUCAGGAACAAGGGAGAAAAUUCCUCGAGGAGGAACAGCGGCUGCGCCGCCAGGAACGGGAGAGAAAAUUCCUUAAGGAGGAACAGCAGCUGCGCCGCCAGGAGCGCGAGCAACAGCUGCGUCAGGACCGCGACAGAAAAUUCCGCGAGGAGGAACAGCAGCUGAGCCGCCAAGAGCGUGACAGAAAAUUCCGUGAAGAGGAACAGCAGGUGCGCCGCCAGGAACGAGAGAGAAAAUUCCUGGAGGAGGAACAGCAGCUGCGCCAGGAGCGCGACAGAAAAUUCCGCGAAGAGGAACAGCUGCUCCAGGAAAGGGAAGAACAGCAGCUGCGCCGCCAAGAGCGUGACAGAAAAUUCCUGGAGGAGGAACAACAGCUGCGCCGCCAAGAGCGUGACAGAAAAUUCCGCGAAGAGGAACUGCGCAGUCAGGAACCAGAGAGAAAAUUCCUCGAGGAGGAACAGCAGCUGCGCCGCCAGGAGCGCGAGCAACAGCCGCGUCAGGACCGCGACAGAAAAUUCCGCGAGGAGGAACAGCUGCGCCAGGAGAGGGAGGAACAGCUGCGCCAGGAGAGGGAGGAACAGCUGCGCCAGGAGAGGGAGGAACAGCAGCUGAGCCGCCAAGAGCGUGACAGAAAAUUCCGUUUAGAGGAACAGAAAGUGCGCCGCCAAGAACAAGAGAGAAAAUUCAUGGAGGACGAACAGCAGCUGCGCCUCCAGGAGGGCCAACAACAGCUGCGCCAGGAGCGCGACAGAAAAUUCCGCGAGGAGGAACAGCUGCUCCAGGAAAGGGAAGAACAGCAGCUGCACCGCCAAGAGCGUGACAGAAAAUUCCUCGAGGAGAAACCGCAGCUGCGCCGCCAGGAGCGCGAACAACAGCUCCGCCACGACCGCGAUAGAAAAUUCCGCGAAGAGGAACAGCUGCUCCAGGAAGGGGAGGAACAGCAGCUGCGCCGCCAAGAGCGUGACAGAAAAUUUCGCGAAGAGGAACAGCAGCUCCGCCGUCAGGAACGAGAGAGAAAAUUCCUCCAGGAGGAACAGCAGCUGCGCCGCCAGGAACUGGAGAGAAAAUUCCGUGAGGAGGAACAGCUGCGCCAAGAAACGGAGCAAGAGCAGCUGCGCCGCCAAGAACGCUACAGAAAAUUCCUAGAGGAAGAGCAGCUCCCUCAGGAAAGGGAAGAACAGCAGCUGCGCCGCCAGGAGCGCGACAGAAAAUUCCGCGAGGAGGAACAGCUCCGCCAGGAGAGGGAGGAACAGCAGCUGCGCAGCCAAGAGUCUGACAGAAAAUUCCGCGAGGAGGAACAGCUACGCCAGGAGAGGGAAGAACAGCAGCUGCGCCCCCAACAGCGUGACGGAAAGUAUCGCUGGGAAGAAGAGCAGCUCCAACUUGAGGAACAAGAGCAGAGGCUGCGGCAGGAGCGAGACCGGCAGUACCGGGCGGAGGAGCAGUUUGCCACGCAGGAGAAGAGUCGUCGUGAGGAACAAGAACUAUGGCAAGAAGAGGAGCAGAAACGUCGCCAGGAACGGGAAAGGAAAUUACGGGAAGAACACAUCCGCCGCCAGCAGAAGGAGGAACAGAGGCGCCGCCAAGUCGGGGAGAUACAAUCCCAAGAAGGGAAGGGCCAUGGGCGGCUUCUGGAGCCCGGCACUCAUCAGUUUGCCAGUGUCCCAGUGCGCUCCAGCCCUCUCUAUGAGUACAUCCAAGAGCAGAGAUCUCAAUACCGCCCUUAAGUGAUGUUGCCAAUAUCUUGACACCUGCCAAAGCUUCGAGCACGGGAAAAUGAGAAACACUGGGUACCAAGUGAUAACUCAGAUGUUUCUGGUUGUGGGAAAACUCUCUGAUAUUAGAAUGUCUUUUCUUCCAAAAUCUUAAACUACGCUCAUUUUAUGCACUUUGUACUUCUGCUUUUUAUUCUUCCUCAAGUAGUUGUUUACUGCAAGAUGUCUUUUUUUUGCUCUUUGAUGCAGAUGUGUGCAUUUAAAAAAACAUAAAUCAUUUAAUUUGUUUAAGAAAUUUUGUUUGAGGAACAUAUUCAUUUAUUGCUUUCAGAAGUAACAAGAGUAAUAGGAUGAUUUGAGAUUCUAAACAAUGGGUCGGUUUGUUUAAUGACUGACCCAUCUUGUGGAAAGUGCAGAUACUUUUAAUGUCCAAGUUGCUAUUUCUUCUUGAACCUAAAUUGAUCAUUGCCUCCAAACAGCAUUUCAUCUUUUGUGACAUAAUUAGCACAAAUUCCAGGUAACUAAAUUUUUAUAACCCUUGAAUAGUGCAGGGGGAGUGACCUCUGCAUAAAAACUUCCUGUAAAAUCAGCCCAUUACUGGAAGAAAUAUCUGUUAAGAAUAGGUUUAGCUUUGAAGAUUUAGAAUUUAAAUUAGAUUUUUUUUAAACUCAACUCCACUUAAACACAUAAUCUCAUGAAGAAAUAAUGAGGUGUUUCUCAAACAACUUCAGAGUUCAAAUUUUAAAACUAUGUCUGUUGUAGUCUAUAGUGUUCAUUCUACUUCCCCAAGUUUUGAUGAGUUUCAGAAUAUUAUGAACCUUUGUUAAUUUUAGCUUGUUAGAAGGAAGCUGCUCAGAAUCCCAUAAACAUCUGUCUUACUCUAGGGCCAAUAAGAGAUCACAUAGAGCAUGUUGGGGGUGUAAAAGGGAAAAAUGUGUGAACAUAGGGGCAAAUUUCUAGAGGCCCUUUGACAAGACCCAUUUGCCCACAAUCAUUUGAGGCCUAUUGAUAAUACCUUAGAUAUAUUCUUGUUGAAAUAAUUGGACUGUGAAAAAUUAAUAAUAAAUGUUUGGCAAGUAACUACUUUUGUCUGUUUUAACUCUGUGUCAAUCAUAACAAGAUCUCAUUGUCUGGAAACAACACAAGUUCCCAAUCACAUAAGGGCAUUUUGUUACUUAUCUAUGUCCAAAUACGAAAAAAGAGGGGAGAGAAUUCUUUGUUUUGCCCCAACCUUUUUUUUUUUUUUUUUUUUUUUUUUUUUUUUUUUUUUUUUUUUGCAGUUGGGCUGAACUCUAUUUCCAUCCCCACACUGAGAUUGCCUUCCAGAGUGUUUUUGUUCUUGACCCCACAGCUUUCUAUGCCAUUUCUUGCAGCGACUCACUGGUCAUGACAAAUACUGGUGCUCCCAAUAUUUGUUAAUAUUUCCUUUAGAGAAUGCAGCAGCUUCUUAGUCUCUGAUGUCUGAUGAGCCAAUGAUAGAAAAUGGCCUGAAACUUCAGAUCAGCACUAUAAAAACUGUAGAUGUCCUGUUAAUUUAAGCAACAUAAUCCAUGAGGUGACUGAGUCAGAAGGUACUUAAUAGU